AUCGUCAUAUGGUAAAGCAGCGACAGGUUUGACACUCUAACCUAUGAUGUGAUAUUUGGCUACGUGGAUUUUCCAAGGGAAGAAUUUAAAUUUGUCAAAAAUGACAACAACAAAUUAUCUGGAUUUAGAUAUAAAUAAAUUAUUCGAGCAACAUACCAUUAAGGAGAUCGAAGAGAUUCAAAAAAAAAUUCAAUUGGAGAGUGACAGGAAAAAAAUAGAAUUGAGAACACUAGUUGGAGAAAGAUACCGGGAUUUGAUAUUAGCAGCUGACACGAUUGGAAAAAUGAAGAUAACGUCUGAGCAAGUUGUUACAAGAAUUGCCAAAAUAGAAGAUAAAUUUAGAGAAUUGCAGAAGAAAUAUCUUAUUGGUUUUAAGACAGAGCCAAUUGAAAAUAAAUUGGACAGGAGACAGCAUGUUCUGGAUUCUAUUGUCAUCCAAAUCAAAAUUUUAAUGGACAUUCCUCAAUACAUUUGGACAAGCAUUGAGAAUCAGAAUUUGUUAUUUGCUACGCAAUUGUAUAUAAUAGCGCAACACAUAAAUUAUAGUUUAAUAUUUGAAGUAGGCAGCACAGAGCUGUCACGAAAGUAUCCAAUUGUCUCAAAACAGUGGGAUGUAAUUUCUCAGUUUAAGAGUAUUAUAUCCAAUGAGUGCAACAGGAUACUACAGUCAUUAGAUGUUUCAAUUACAAAUGCUGCCAAUUGCUUAGCAUCUCUUGUAUUCUUAAAUGAAUCGUCAUUUGAGGAUCUCUUAGACAAAUUGAUAUCAACCAGGAGUUACGCUAUUGAGUCUAUUAUUAAAGAGGAAAGUCAUGAUAGUGUCAAAAUUAAGUUAAAAUUAUGUAUAACAUUACUUAUACAAACUGUAUACUUAAUAUAUUCAUGCUUUAUAUAUGCGGAUAAUGCAACAAAUGGUCUAGUCUUACAGUUUAUAACCGACAUAAAGGAUCAAGAAGCAUAUUGCUUGCUGUUGCAACUUGAUACAAAUCGAGAUUUACUUGAUGAAUUUUUGCCGCCUGUUACCAAAAAGCAUAAACCGUUUGUUCAAGAUGUACCAAACACCUUUCCGUUAUCAGUUCUCCAAGACAAAGUUAAAUCUUGGUUGGAAUGGGUCAGUGAUUUUUCUAAUCGCGAAGUCGCGAAAUUGUUGGAUUUAAUCAUCUCUAUCAAAGGCCUGUACAACGUUCGAGAAGAAGCUAUAAGAGUGAAUCUACCUGAAAAUUGGAAUUCCAUAUGGGAGGAGCUAUCUUUACCGAGAAUAAGCUUUUGGACGGAAUUCUUUCAGCCUAUUAUAACGAAACGAGCAAAAUGUAUUAUAACGGAUAAAUGGACGGAUGCAUUAGGCGAUUUGAAGUCUAAUAUAAUAGACUUGCUUGACAAAGUAGCGCAUGAUAAAUUCGAAUUUCCGGAACACGAUUUGCGAUGGUUCGUGUGGAAAGAUUCUCCCACCGAUAUCCCACAGAAGCUCACGAAGAACGGCGGACUGGAUAAUAAGAGAUCUCUGCUAAUGAAAGCUAAAGGAUAUUCGCCGAACAUAAUCAAAUUGUGCGAAAAAUUCGACGAAAGUUUGUACACAUUAUUGUCCGAUCUCGAGUAUUAUUUGUACGAGACCGAGCGAGUAAUAUCGGUUAAGGACGACUUAAUUUCGGCGAAUAUAUCUCUGAUCGCGAAUUCGUUCUCCGAUCGCAAUGAAGUUCAAGAACAUCUGCAAGUAAUUAGCACCGAGAGACUCGAAGAUCUUGUUCAAUUCAUAAAGAGCGCGUGUGUUAACGAGAAACCCGAACACGGCCAACGCGAUAUAAACGCCAUAGUACUGGCUAGAUUUCUCUUCGCGCUAAUCACUUUGUGCUCGAAUUUGAAUAAAUGUUUCACAUUGUCGAAAGUGUCCGGAAUCAUCAUUACGAAUGCCAAGUGGCAGGCUGUUUGUGAUAAUCUCAGAGAAGAAAGUGUUUGCUUGUGGUCCGUUUGGGCCGAUGUAUAUAAGACUAAAAUAUCCGAACACAUGAAGAAGUACAUAUUGAGAGAGCCGAUCGAUGGAUUGCGCAUUCAUUGGAUUGUCUCGGAGUGGGAAAAGGUUACAAUCGAUGAAGAAUCGGGAGACGGAAAGCGAAUAAAAUCUGAAAUUUUGGUGCCGUAUCAAUUGUCGAUACCUUUACAGAAAUUUUUAACAGCUAUCUGCAAGGAUUUGAACAAAAUUAUACCUCAUACGCUUCCAAAGAGAGUGCUGCAGCAAAUUAUCGAAAACAUUAUCACGGAACUGUUCAAUUAUUAUCUCAACGUGUGCAAAACCUUAGAUAUCAGGCAGAAGCAGGCGUUUCAAGUGCUGUACGAUGUUAAAUAUUGCACGUUGCUCAUGGUGCCUCGCGAAAACAAGAUUCUCAACGACCUGUCAGCCAAAACGUGCGAUGCUAUACUCGCGAAGAUAGAUCCGUUCGAUUACGACGUUUUUAAUCCGUUCAUUCAUACGAACGUCAAAAAAUCCGUUCAGAGAUCUUUGUUGAUAUUUGGAAACUUAAUACCUCACUUGGAACAAUUGCACUCGAUUUUGGGAGCGCGCAAUGAACACGCGAGCAACGAUAGUGCGAAAAUCGAGCCUCCGGCUGUGCUCGCGGUCUGCACAGGUGCACCUUGGUUCCCACCCUUAACUGUGACCGCUCCUACGAGAACUUUACCGAUUUUGUCAGUGCCAAUACCAGACAAAACACAGCGCAAGAAAGUGACAACGAAAGAGAAUACGAAAACUGAUUCUACUAGUGCAACAAUAAAAUCCGGAGCAGCCGCGUUUUUCGGCGCGAUGGGAUCGGAUUGGUUCGGCAGUGGCAGUUAACUAAUUUUUGUUAAUUAUUCUCACAUUGUUGUGAACGAUGAUUGUAAAUAUCAUUAUACAUAUAUAUAUUAUACAUUGUGUAAAUAAUAUGUCAAUAGAAAAUUAU